AUGAAGUAUACUACUCUCGUCCUCGGCUUGUCGCUGACUGCCCACGCAGUAGACCUCAGUGUCCAAGCAGGUUACCAUGUCAUCUACUCGUAUGCAGGAACAACACCACCCACAGAAUUAACCACCCUCAUCAAACAGGGUCUGGUCGGCGGCGUUCUUCUAUUCGGCGACAAUGUCGACGACAACCUCGCAUCCACAGUCGCCGACUGGCAAUCCACCUACAAAGCCAGCGCUGCCUACGCCGGAUCCCCGCUCUUGAUCAUGACAGACCAAGAAGGCGGGCAAGUCCGACGCUUACCUGGUGGACCGACAUCGUCAGAAAAGCAGAUUGGCGAGGACUCGGACCCUGAAGAGGCUGCGUCGCAGGCAGGGUCGCAGGCUGCCAAAGCGCUGGGCGCGUAUAACAUGAACUCAAACCUUGCUCCAGUGCUCGACGUGUUCCGUACUCCGGGCGACUUUGACGAUCAGUACGAGCGGUCGUAUAGCGACAAUGCCACGCUGGCUGGGCUCUGUGGCGCAGCUUAUAUUAAAGCGCAGCAGUCGGCAGGAUACAUUGCAACUGCAAAACACUUUCCGGGACUGGGCUCUGCAUCCUCGAGCGAAAACACAGACGAACGGCCGGUCACUCUCAACGCCACCAUUGACGAAAUCCGAUCCAUUGAUGAAGUGCCCUACAAAUCGGCCAUUGCCGCGGGCCUCGACAUGGUCAUGCCAUCAUGGGCACUGUACCCGAGUUUCGAUUCUGAAUACCCGGCUGGUCUGAGUCAGAAAUGGCUGCAAGAAGAGCUCAGAGGGCGUCUGGGAUUCAAGGGUGUUACUAUCAGCGAUGCAAUCGAGGCUGGUGGGUUGGAGGCCUUUGGAGAGGAUACGAACCGCGCUGUGUUGGCGACUGACGCGGGCAUGGAUAUUAUUCUGGCGGCUGCAAAGAAUGUCACUCAGGGACAGGCGAUUGUCGGUGCUCUGGCUGAUGCGCUGACUGCAGGGUCCUUGACUCAAUCCCAGUUUGAUGCGUCUACGCAGAGGAUUCUCAGUUUGCGGAAGAAGGUGGUCAGUACAUAG